GGGUCGUGCGAUCGAACGAUUACAGCGCUGCGUUAUACCACUCGCUGUAACCACUCGCGCAGUAUUAUAGUGCACUUCUAGCGUGAUACUUGCAAAAAUAGUUGUCCUCUUCGACUUACGAGAAAAGAGUUAAUUACCAAUGACGAUGGAGAUUCAAAUCUUGACCGCCAAGUCAUCGAAAUACCUGGCAAAUUUACCAGUAAAACCUUCUACCACCAUAAGAGAAAUUAAAGAAGAAUUAUUCAAGACAAUGAAAGCACCGUAUGUUCAGAGACAAAGCUUACGGCUAGAUCCUAAAGGAAAGCCUUUAUCUGAUUCGGAUACCUUAACAAGUUUAUCCAUUUUCGAUGGUGGAAAAUUAUACUUCAAAGACCUUGGGCCUCAAAUCAGUUGGAAAACUGUAUUCCUUGUGGAAUAUGCUGGUCCAUUGGUCUUGUAUUUAUGGAUAUAUCAACGCCCAUGGAUUUUUUAUGGCAAUGUCGAGACAUCCAAGAUCGAAUCAGUUGUUCAUGUGGCAGCUAUUUGUUGGUCGGUGCAUUACGCGAAACGGCUCUUAGAAACAUUGUUCGUGCAUCGGUUUAGCCAUGCGACAAUGCCACUGCGUAACCUUUUUAAAAAUUGUUCGUACUACUGGCUGUUCGCUAUGUAUGUUGCAUAUCAUAUAAACCAUCCAUUGUAUACAGCGCCAAGCAAACUUAACUUUUCUAUCGGUCUAACAAUGUUUACGCUUUGUGAACUGGGUAACCUGAGCAUUCAUUUAGCUCUGAGGAGCCUAAGACCAGCGGGAACUACAGUAAGAAAAAUACCUGUAGCCACUAAUAAUCCUUUCACCGCACUCUUCAAUUUUGUCUCGUGUCCAAAUUAUACCUACGAAAUUGGUAGUUGGAUUGGGUUCUCAAUCAUGACUUUGUGUCUUCCAGCUGCUGUGUUUACUCUUGCGGGUGCAUAUCAAAUGACUCUCUGGGCAUUAGGAAAACAUAAAGCGUAUAAGAAGGAAUUUUCCCAAUAUCCAAAAUGUCGGAAAGCUGUUUUUCCAUUUAUUCUGUAAAUGUCUCCAACUAGUACGAUACUAGCAAAAAUACGAUACUAUCGUAUUUCUCAAUUUCUUUUUGUUACCAAUAAUUUUAUUCUUUGAAUAAACUACCAUCCGAGUUUUACAGUA